UCCAAAUAUGAAAGAUAAGACAAGAAUCAGACCAAACUUCAGGAAAAGGCUUAUGAAAAAGCACCUGAUAAAAGCAGAUUACUAUGAAGACGACGGGACCGAGAUUACUCCUCCUAAGGAAGAUGGGAGAGUCCAUGUCAACUGGGCCGACGAUUUGGAGAAAAUUUACGAUUUUGAGGAAUCCAAGGACACUUUGGUCACUAAGAAAACUAUGACAUGAGAGAAAAGAAAAUCUAUACUGAAAAAGACAAAAUUCUUUGACCCCAAUGAGCUAUCCGAAACCGAGUGCUCUAGUACUGCAAGUGAGUCUACUAAAAUCAAGAAGCUCAACUCUUCCUCCUGCCUCUCUACCAUAGCAAAACCCAUAGAGAAAAUAGAACCUAACCAAAUGAAAAAGCUCUCAUCAUACAACUACAAGAACAAGAAGUUACUUAGUGAGAUCCUGUAUAGCAAGAAAAGGCUUGGUUCUUGCUUCACUUCUUCCAAAUGUAAAAUACUAGAGGAGAAUGUCUUCAAAGGGCUGAAGUCGCCUACUGUCUAAGUUAAUUAUUUCAUACUAAAAUUAUUCAUCAUACAAGUCUUUAUAGUACGAUUUACUGAGUUUAUCAACCUGAGUUUCAAGUAUUAGAGCAUUAGAAUCUGUCCUAAUUCUGCUGUAAUUUCUAUGACACCCUCUUGUUGUUAAUACUAGUAUUGGUAGACUAGGUAUAGUCAUCCCUGAUUCACCUAGAUAUGUUACUUAGGGUGGAAAAUUCAAAUGUAAAUUCUUGCUCAAAGAGUCCGAAAAUGAGUUUAAUAAUUUUUUAUUAACUAAAAAUCUUCUUCACCUAAUUUGAAUAAGCCUGGGAAAUUAGAGAAAAUAAUUCGGCUUCAAUGGGAUAGUUCUUAGAGUACUGAGAAUUUCUCUGAAUCAGAAUUCUGCUUAAGGCUAGGAUAAAAUAAAGAGGGUAGGGCAAAAAUUGGGGAAAUUUCAAAAAAAUUUAGAAGGUCACUAUAAUAGCUUAUCCUUGUCUAAAAAUAUUCAGGAAAAAUAUAGAGAGGGUUUCUCCCUCACUGCAUGCCUUUAGGAUAUUUGUAUAUAUGAGCCACUGGAUAUCGGGCUCUUAAUUUGCAACCAAAAUC